AACAAUGUCCUUCCAAUGGCCAUCAGAAAAUGACCCAUUCUACAAACGCAUCUUUGUGAAGACCCUGCUCUUCAUCCCAGUAAUCGCCGAAAUUAUGCUUCCAGUAUUGAUUGCUUUGUUUGUCAUUGGGAUGAUUGUGACGAUAACUGUGAUGUUUUGCGGCGUGAUGUUGGGCUUGAUCCCGGAUCCUACCAAGAACACCGACGACAACAGCAGCAGCAACAACAACAACAAUAAGGGGGGCCAGACUGAUUCCAGCAAUCCUGCACAAGCAGUGGAUGAGAAAACACGCAUCAAUGUUGAGAUGGAGUUGCUCCGGGAGAUGUUGCAAGCACGACAGGAGAAAUUUGACAAGUUGAACCUGGUCAAGAAUGAUUGAAAAGAGAAGGGAAGGUUUGUGGCGGGGGAAUAAGGGAUCAAGUGAAGAUUUCACUCCGGUCUUCCUGGGAAGUGUUCAGCUGUAUGUUCUGGCCAACAAAGCUUGAAAGGACAUUGAGGCAAUUCAAGCUAUGCCGGGCAAUGUGAUAGCGGAUUUGAAUUUGUUGGGUUCAUAUACGCCAAUGCACGCCGUCGCGUCCAACGUAGAGAUGCUCUGAGGAUGCUGGCUGUAAUUUACGUCGUUUCUGUUCUGGGGCAGCUUGGUGGAAACAAACUAUUCCACGAGGUUUUGCGGGAAGGUGGUGAUUGUGUUUGGUUGGACCAAGCCGGGUCCUGACAAUGAUCAAUAGUUACCAACAGCUUCUGAGGGAAAUAAUUGGUUUCUUAAAUGAACUGGCUGUA